AUGAAAGCUUCCUCACGCAGGUGAAUCGUCUAAAACGAGGAGGGUACCCCGAUCGCUUCUUGGUGGAAGUAGCGGAUAACCUUGUUUCCAAGAUGAAAAGAAAAGAUGACGAUCAUAUUCCUUCCAGACAACUAACAAGACCGGCGGUGAUUCCUUAUAUUCAUAACCCUUCGCACAAUCUAAAAAAAGUGGCGGCUCAUUUUGAAGUGCCAGUGGUGUUUUCAGCGCCGCAUAAGCUGUCUCACUUGUGUUCAAAAAUAAACAACAAAAAGGGAGAGGGUAAGGUGUGUCAAAAGAAACACGCUAAUCAAUACGUGGAGUGUGCAACGUCAGUGGUGUAUAACAUACCAUUGAGUUGCGGGAAAUCGUAUGUCGGCCAAACGGGGCGUUGCAUAAAUGAAAGGGCCAGAGAACAUGCCUGGUCAGUCAAACAGUCCCCGUCGGGCAAUCUUGCGGUGCAUUGUGAUAGGUGCCCAUGUAGCCCGGAAUUGGAAAAAACAACAGUUCUGGGCAGAUACGAAAACAAAACAGCGCGAGAAAUACACGAGGCAUUCCGCAUAAGAGAGCAAGGGGUGAGUCUGUGUAUUAGUGCGCCGUCACUGCACUUAACUGAU